AUGUCUGUCCUGUUCGAGACAUCGGUGGGCGACAUCAUCGUCGACCUCGAGACGGAACUCUGCCCUAUCCUCUCGCUCAACUUCCUCAAGCUGUGCAAGGCGUACAAGUACAACUUCUGCUCGUUCCACAACGUCGUCCAGGACUUCAUCGCCCAGACCGGCGACCCCACCGACACAGGCCGCGGCGGAUCCUCCAUCUUUCACCUCCUCCCUCCCUCGUCGCAUGCCUACCAGUCCACUCCGUACUUCGCGCCGACCGAGAUCACGCCGAAGCUGAAGCAUGUCGCAUUCGGCACGCUUUCGAUGGCGGUAGCGGGCGAAGGGGAGCAAAGAGGCUGCGGCAGCCAGUUCUUCUUCACUCUCAAGGGCGACCUCGAUUACCUUGAUGGCAAGCACGCGCCGUUCGGACGGGUCAUCGAAGGCGAGGACACGUUGCAGAAGAUUAACGAAGCCUUGACGGACCAGGAGGGCAGGCCGCUGCGCGACAUCAGGAUCAGGCAUGUCAUCGUCCUGGACGACCCGUUCGACGACCCCGAAGGCCUCGAUGUCCCGCCCAACUCGCCCGUCCCGACCGCGAAGCAGCUCGCCUCUCUUCGCGUUGGCGACGAAGAAGAGAUCGAAGAGUCAGGCGACGAGGAGGAGAUUGCUCAGAAGCGACGAGAACGGGAUGCGCGCGCUCAAGCCCUCACGCUCGAGAUGGUCGGCGACUUGCCCUUCGCCGACGUCGCCCCGCCCGAGAACGUCCUCUUCGUCUGCAAGCUCAACGCCGUCACGACAAGCGAAGACCUCGAGCUCAUCUUCUCCCGCUUUGGCGAGAUCCUCAGCUGCGAAAUCAUCCGCGACCAGAAGACGGGUGAUUCGCUGCAGUAUGCGUUCAUCGAGUUCAAGGAGCGCGAGGAUGCCGAGCGCGCUUACCUCAAAAUGGACAACGUCCUCAUCGAUGACCGCCGCAUCCACGUCGAUUUCUCGCAGUCCGUCUCCAAGCUCCACGACUCCUGGGUCUUCGACCGCACCGGCGGCCGACCCCCGCCCAACCGUUCUUCGCGCCCUCACGCCUCCUCCUCCUCACGCCGCUCCCGCUCCCCCUCCGGCUCGACCUCCGAACAAAGUCGAUACUUCUCCCGCGUGGAGGGGGCGCAUGGGGAGAUGGUGUUUGAUUUGGCGGAGGUUGAUGCGAGGGCGAGGGAGAGGAGGGAUCGGGAUGGGCGGCGGGAUAGGGACAGGGAUGGAGGACGAGGAGGAGGAGGUGGAGGUGGGUAUCGCGAUGACCGACGAGGGGAUGGGAGGCGGUACGAUGACCGUGAGCGGGAUCGAGGGUAUGGCGGGCGGGAGAGGUACGAUGACCGACGGGAUGCGCCGAGGAGGGCCGACCGCGAAAGGAGGAGAAGCAGGAGUCCCGGGCCAGAUCGAAGGGAGCGGGAUCGCAGGGAUAGGGACAGGCGGUACUGA